AAUUACAGCAGUGGUCAAUAAUUCUACGCAUAAUCAUACAGUAAAACAUGCAUUUGGGAUUGAUUUUGAUUAGCAGCGUCUUAUCUGUCAUUCACGUUCAGUCGCAGAAACCGGAUAAAUGUCAAAUGUCUAUCCAAUCCUUAACUGCUGUCCUUCAAAAAGCUGCAGAGCAAUUUGGACAAGCUGGUGACGGAAAACAUGAAGAAUUGCAUCGUGAUGUGUCCAAACUAGCGAAAGAGAUCCAAGAUCAUAGUAACCAGAAAAGAAAGCAAAACACGGGUAGCCGCGAUAAAUGCAUGGAAGCGAUCUCAAAGGUUUCUUUUCAAUUAGAAUCAAUCCGGAAGAAACUGGACAAUAUCAAAGGUAAUGAUGAGCAACUUCAAACUGCUAGUAAAUCUAUAAAUGAUGCUGUUCAAUUAGUGGAAAAAAUGAAAGAUAUUCGACAAAAUUUCAGUUAAAUCCGAAAUUAUGCGAAUAAAUUCUUUUUUUCUUGCUAAUGGAAGGAUUUAUUGAUUUUUUGUAAGCGUACCAUCUUGAAUAAUUGUAACGAAAUUAUUAUUCGAAAAGUUAUUUUCGCAUGAAUAAAACUGAACUUUAGUCUACUCU